UCCAGUUUGAAAUUCUGUCCAGGGACUACUACUAGAAUAUCAUUGCUUUCCAUCCCACAGCUACAGAAUAUUUAGAUCGUUAUUCCUUAUGAACGGAAGACCUAACUCCCGCCGAGAUGGCCUGACCACUCCAACCUCAGCUCCCAAAACGCACUUCGUUGAUGCAGAGUCCUGAACGGCGCCACAAUGAAUUUUUUUCGGACGCAGGACCUUUGCACACUAUUCCUACUGAGGCCUCUGUUGCCAUGAACAGCGUGCGUCCUUACAAAUCUUCCUCGAGCCUGCGGAAACCCCGUUCAGCAUUGGGUCUCCACCCAUCCGCUCCCGUAGACAAGGAUCAUGAUAUCCAUCCACGUCAGCAAUUGCUCUGGUCAAGAAUCAGGACGGUCCUAAGAGAGCCAUUUGCGGAGUUUUGGGGAACUUUUAUCAUGAUAAUGUUCGGGGACGGAUCAGUGGCACAAGUCUUAUUGUCAACUGGACAAAACACUGCUCCGGGAGGAAACGGAUUUGGCCCUUACCAAUCUAUAUCCUGGGAUGGGGCCCAGGUGUAUUGCUCGGAAUCUAUGUCGCAGGCAACUCUAGCGCUACCUCAACCCCGCUAUCACGUUUUCAAACUGUUUGUUCAGACAACUUCCCUGGAGGCGGUUUCCGAUGUAUUUCCUGGCCCAGGUCCUAGGCGCGUACUGUGCAUCAGGGUUUGUAUAUAUACCAAUUACUUGAAUGCGAUUAAUAACGUUGAGGGCCAUGGGAUAAGGACCGUUCCUCCUAGUCCUAAAGCAACAGCCGGUAUAUUUUGUACGUAUCCCCAACCGUUCAUGAUAAGGGCAGGCCAAUUUUUCUCGGAACUCAUCGCUAGUACGCUGUUGAUGUUCGUCAUUUUCGCAUUAAAGGAUCUAAGUAAUAAUGGUGUUCCAAAGAGCGAUAAAUGGUUUCCGCUUUGCCUUUUCUUCCUCAUAUUUGGACUCGGAGCUUGCUUUGGAUGGGAAACUAGAUAUGCAAUCAAUCUUGAAAGGGACUUCGGGCCUCGUCUCAUGUCGUAUACAGUAGUAUACGGACAUGAGGUAUGGACUGCAGGGGGGUAUUAUUUCUGGGUUCCAAUGGUUGCACCAUUCUGUGGUUGUGCUUUUGGUGGCUUCCUGUAUGAUGUGUUCAUCUAUACAGGGCACAGUCUGGUGAAUACGCCCUGGCUCGGGUUGAAGCAUAUCUUUAGGCCUGACUACGCGUGGAAAGUCCGACAGGGACAUUUAAGGAGAAAUAAGGAGCAAGGUAUUGUUUGAAGGACGCAGGGUAAGGGGCCAGUCG